AUGGCGUAUUCUUAUAACGUGGAAGAGGCGCCUCCCGACGACGUACCCAGCGUGCAGCACGACAUCCAGCGCGCAAAGAAGUACCUUCAGAAACGCAGCUCGGAAUCGGGUGACAGCUUAUACGACCACUUAACUGAGCUUUUAGCGAAGAUCUUAGUCGAGCGGCCGCGAAACGCUGUCGAUAUCUUUGAGCAGUACAGCAGGAAACUAAAGGAAGAGAGGUUUAAGACUAAGACGGAUCAUCUACGGGAUCUGUAUGUACCACCCGUGCAGUACGACGACGCCAAGAAGCUCAUUAGACUCUUCCAGAGCGUAAGGCAGCAGAUCGACGAGCAGGGUGAGAGAGACAAGAUGGCUGACGCGGGGGAGGACGAGGGGGGCAAGAAAAAAAAGUGUCCCGACAUGUUGGAUCUUUUGUUUUAUCUCGAGCAGAUAGGUAUAGGAUUGCCGCGACAAGAGAUGGUGUUGCUUAAUUUAUCGAUUCGCAAGCUUGCCUCCGAGAUACCGGUUGAGAAUAUUAGGUUUUGGGGCAAGAUACUCGGAAAACCCAAGAAUUAUUACGUGGUGGAGGCGGAACUUCAGGCGGACGAGUUAGCCCGAAGAUUAAAGGAAGCGAGCAGUGCGUCGGCGCGAGAACAACCGCCAGAGUCAGAGAAAGCGGGAAGAGAAGAGGAAGAAAGAGAGGCCAAGACGACGGCGAAACUCGUGGAAGAAGUAGCCGCGACGGAAAUCCUGCGCGAGGACGAAGGGAGCGAGCCUUUGGAGUUUGGCCUUCCGCCUCUGCCUGUUAACCCGUGGCAACCACUGGCGGAAGUGCCAGGCGAAAGAAUCGGGAACGGUCUCAAUAAAAAGGUGUAUUUUGUAUGCAACGCGCCCGGGCUGGACGAGUGGAUCGAACUUCCGGCGGUUACGCCGCAGCAGAUAGUAAUUGCACGACAGAUUGUCCGAUACUGCACGGGAAACUUGGAGACACCGAUUCACAGUUUCCCGCCGUUCCCCGGUGUCGAGAAAAAUUACCUCCGCGCGCAAAUUGCGAGGAUCAACGCGGCUACUCACGUAUCGCCAAUCGGCUUCUUCACGCUCGGCGGAGAGGUCGAGGACGAAGAGCUGGACGAGGAGAGGACGAGGACAGAGGUUUAUACGGAAGAAGAGCUUUCGGAAAACGUGUAUUACGAUCCACCGCCGAUCGAGGACCUCGUGGAUCCUUCAAACUGGUGCCACCACAGCCCGUAUAUUCUCGAGCAAGGACGAACAGUUUGGUGGAGCCCCGAGAGGGAGGAGAAAAUUACGGAUGAGGAACUCGAAGGAGAAGAAGAGGUAGAGGAGGACAAAACCAGGGCGACCAAGGCUGAGGAGCUCAAGGAGCAAAGAGAGAUCGGCCCGCCUCUAUUAACUCCUUUAUCCGAGGACGCGGUUGUCGACCUCGUGAUGCCGUGGACCGGCAGACAAUCGUCGCGGAUGCAGCCGGACAUCGCGGUAGCUGCGGUCAGAUCGAACGUCUGGCCCGGAGCUUUCGCGUUCGCAGUUGGAAAACGCUUCGCCAACGUGUACAUCGGCUGGGGCCACAAGUACAACGCGUACAACUAUAGUCCACCCAACAUGCCGCCCGUCCAGGAUCAGUACAAGAUUGGACCGGAGGUCAUGGAGAUUCAUGAUCCCACUGUUGAAGAAGAAGAGGCGGAUCGAAUUGCGCGUUCGCCGCCGCCGUUACCAACCGAAGAGGUGCUAGGUGAAGAAGAAAGAGAAGAAGAGGAAGAAGAUGAUGAUGAGGAAGAA